AUGCGCCCCUUAAGUUCACUCUCUGGAUUAUUUUAUAUUCUCCAUUGCUUUGGCGUUUCAUCAUCUAGAAGAGUAGAAGCAUUAUCUACAAGGCACCUUAGUACAAAAGAUUCUGGCCGUUUUUCGUACAUAAAAUGCACACAAUCAUCAUAUUAUAGUGACAUUUAUGAUAAAAGACCCAUAAGAAGUGAAAAACAACGACUCAACUCAUUGGAAGACUAUGCAAUGGACAGGAAGAGAUCUUUGGGUCCAAAAGCUGCUGGGCGUUGGGGAAAAAGAUUAGAUAAAGAAAGCAAACACAACUUUGGAAACAUCGCAGAAAAUCAAGAAAUUGGUGGUUGCAACCCUGAUUACAAGUUUGUAGAGUCCUUCUUUGAUGAAAACGAAGAUGGAUAUCAGUGGCCUCCUACACAAGUCACAAAAAGGAAGGGAAAUUUGUAUUAUAACUUGAGAGACAAAAAUAAUGGUCCAUACACAUCAUAUAAAAGCUUGGUUGGUGAGUGGAGUAUCGAGAAUGAUACCAUAACUGUCAUCUUCGAUAGGAUACAAUCAGAUCCGUUUGCACCUCCCUCGAAUGUAAGAAUAAGAGUAUCUCAGGAUAUAGCAAGAUUCCCACUUGAUGUAUUAACACCAAAGAUCAGAAAUAUAGCAAUAUGUGAUUUAGUUGCAAGGAAAUUAUCAGAAGAACUGAAGGAACACGAACAAGGAUUUUCAAUAACAAAACCCACCCAAUAUGUUUUGGAACGCAAAUCAGUGGUAUUGAACAAAGAUUUUAUAGAGGCACGUCUUAAUCUCCAGUUACCCGGACGUGGACGGCGUGUUGAUGGUAAAUAUGCCCUUGAAUUAUUUUCUACUAUUUUACCGGACUUUGUAAAAAAAUGCAUGCAUUUUGAAUCUUAUGACGAAAAACCGCUUUAUAAGCAUGUAAAAGUAUUGGAGGAUCAACAGUACCUUAGAAAUAUGCUACCGGAAUUAGGAUUAGUGGCGUUCGUAGCCGAUGGAUCUAUAUUGCCGAGAAGUGAUGGUACAUCCGAUACGCCUAUGGAUUCGAAUGUAAAACUAUUUGAGUCACCUCCAUCUCUUAAGAUCUCAGUUGAACUCCCAAAUAGGGGCAAAAUAACCGGAAUGGGAAUAAAAUCGGGUUUCACCCUAAUCGUUGGAGGUGGAUAUCAUGGCAAGACGACUCUUUUGAAAGCCAUACAGACCGGAGUUUACAAUAAACGUCCAGGUGAUGGACGAGAAUUUGUUGUAACUUCACCUAAUGCGGUAAAGAUAAGAGCAGAGGAUGGAAGAAGUGUAACCAGAGUUGAUUUAUCAACUUUUAUGAAGAACCUACCAUGUAAAAAAAGUGGAAGCGAUUUUACUACCAAUAAUGCCUCAGGAUCUACGUCUCAAGCUUCAGCUAUUAUGGAAUAUAUAGAAAUGGGUGCUGAUCUUUUGAUCCUUGAUGAAGAUAUAUCAGCCUCUAAUUUUCUGCACAGAGAUGCCAUUAUGACAAAUCUGAUUAAGGAAAAGGAACCUAUUGUACCGUUUCUAUUUUUGGUAAGGCAAUUUUUUGAGAAAUUGGGAAUUUCAACAAUCAUGGUUUCAGGAUCUUGUGGUUUAUUCGUUGACCAAGCCCAUACCAUUUUGCAGAUGGAUGAAUACAGCUGUAUUGAUAGGACACAAGAGGCAAAAGAAAUAUGUAAGAAUUCAGGGAUUAAUCUUUCCGAGGCAGUUGAUAAGAGUAUUGCAAACAAUCUACUAUUCUCCCACAAACUUGUGAAUAAUAGGGUUGUUUCACGGGAAUCUUUUAAAAGGCCCAAUCAAAAGAUAAAACAGCUCGGAAUAGAUAAAAUAUCAUAUGGAAUGGAACAGAUUGACCUGAGCCCACUAGAAACAUUGGUAGAAAUUGGACAAACUUCUGCAAUAACAAAUAUCAUUAUAUACUUAGAGUGCCAAGUCAAAGAGUAUGAAAGAGAUAGGCAACAAUACACAUUACGCCAAUUAUUAGAUAAACUCUAUUAUAAAUGGAGUUCUAUUACAACUGUAGGAUAUAAUGGAUUAGAUGAGAUAAACGGUUUCAAACACUUUCCAACUGGUGAUUGUGUGAUGCCUAGGAUAUUUGAGAUAUCCGCUGCUUUAAAUCGCCUUAGAAGUUUGAAAAUUACCAAAUUUGUUCAAGAUGAAUACAGACCACAGGAAAAAAAUUCAUAUUUUGACAACAAUGUAAAUUAA